AUGAUGAACAUGAAGAUCAGAUUAUUGUCAAAACUACAGAUUGAGAGACACAAACAGACAAGGAAUCACCAUCAAUUAUUAUUCCUGUACAUCGAACUACAAAAUCUCACGGCAGGUGUACGGUGCUGUCGUGAUCAUGUUGAUAAUCAACGAUUAAGACAGGAUGCUGUCGAGCAAAUAUUUGCUGGUCACUACGAUGAACUGUCAUUAAAUACUCAUGAUGUUCAAAAUAUAUUAUUCGACUUUCGUUCGUUUAUGACAAAUGUCAAGUCGUUUGAUUUUGAUGAUCCAACAAGUUUAUCGGACGAGUCUUAUUUGAAUUUUACGGAUCAAUUUGAAAAUCUAUUGGGCUAUAUGUUCAACAUGCGAAACAGUCAUAAUCGUUCUGUUCGUACGGCACUUGCUGUUUUCCUGAUGAAAAUGCGACUCGGCAUCAGUAAUCGUGUGCUUGGCAGCUUGUUUCACUUUAAAAACCAACGAACUGUUGCUCAUUUAAUUCACUCAGUACGAGUGGCACUGAUGCAAGAUUUCACCUCUCAUUAUCUUGGUUUACAGCAUAUAGAUCGACAAACUGCUCUUGAUCAUCAUCAAACAGCUAUUGCUACUGAAUUAUUUACUACUAAUUCUAACCAGCUCUGCAUCAUCAUGGACGGAACUUAUAUUUAUAUUCAAAAAUCUAGUAAUAAUGAAAUGCAACGACGGACAUACAGUUUUCACAAACAUCGACAUUUAGUGAAACCUAUGAUUAUUACUACCACCACUGGUUAUAUACUAUGUUGUAUUGGUCCGUUCCUUGCCGAUGGCAAGAACAAUGAUGCACCUAUUGCUAAACAAGUACUUUAUAGCAAUGGAGAAGGAAUUUUAUCAUGGUUACAUGAUGAAGACAUUGUUAUAAUUGAUAGAGGUUUCCGUGAUGCGGUUAAAACGGUCGAACUCUUUGGUUUUCAUGCAGCUAUGCCCCAUUUCCUCAAUGGCAGCAAGCAAUUUUCUACAACUGAUGCUAACUAUAAUCGUUGUGUAGCAAAAAGCCGUUGGGCUGUUGAAAGUGCCAACGGCAAAAUCAAGCAUUUUAAAUAUUUCAAUCAAACGAUACAAAACGCAUCUAUUCCAUUUCUCAGUGAUUAUCUUCAUAUAGUAUGCAGUAUCAUCAAUGCAUACCAAACUCCAGCCAUCAAAGAUGCUCAUUCUGGGAUAGGAAUGGCAACUGAAAUGCUUUCUCUUCUUGAUACUGAAAAUACAUUGCAAAAACAUCUUUCAUCAAUGACUAACACUAGAUGGAGAAAAUACGAUGCCAAAAUGUGUAUUUUUCCUAUACUGUCUAUCGAUGACAUUCGUCGAUACUGUUUCGGUAAUUACCAGCUUAAACAAGCCAAAGGUUAUAUACUAGAACAUUUGCAACCCUCGCAAACUGUUCCUACUGAUCUUGAAUUUAUUGUCGAAUUGUGUGAACAACAAUCUGAUCUCAUCAGAAUUCGAUUUUCAUCUCGGCAUUCGACUCAAAAGCACUACAUAGCUACUGUACAAUUCGACAACUACAAAGAGGAACCUAUUCUAGGAUGGUAUUGUACCUGCCCAAGAUGUUCUGGAGUACUUGGUUGUUGUUCUCAUACGGCAGCACUUCUUUGGUAUCUUGGCGUGUGUCGAGCAGAGUACGAUACCACAGACCAUCCACUCUCAGCACAAUAUCUUCUUGAAACUGUCGACGAUUGCAUUCAGUAUGCUGACCCAGUAACAACUGAUGAUGAAGAUGAUGAUAAUGGAGUCAGAUAUACACUUAAUGAUCAUCAUUCAGAAAGUGAUUCAGAAACUUCUGAUGACUAG